UAGCGUCCGGAGUUUUGUUUACAUGUGACAUGGACUGGAUUACUCGUUGAACACGUUCAGAUUUCGGAUAACCAUUUGUAACACUAAUUAGAAUUUCUAGAGACUCUUCAGCUACACUGUGCCUUCGAAGAAACGUCCCUAAACACAGCACGGUGAUGGCGAAAGACGCCUAAACCAGUUAACACGCGCUACUAAACGCCAGCUAGUUGUUAGCUAGCUGUGCUGCUGGAUCAUCGCUGGAGCCGUGAGAAGCAGCGCAGCAUGUUCCCCCACAGCGCUGCGCCCUGGGGUCGAGGGUCGAACCGAAGCAACAGCCUGUACCCUCGACCCCCUUUACCCCCUUUACCUCCUGGGACCUACAACAACCAGGGACGACCAACUAUCGACAACUUCCAUGGUUUUGGACUAGCGAGGCUGCCUCCAUAUCAAUGGAAAUCCCCACCAUCCACUUCUACAGUUGUGCCUCAAAGAGCGUCUCAAGUCACUGGCCGCAAGAGGCAGCUUGACGAACAAAGUCAACCAACCGUGAAGCGUCAACGCCUUGACUUACCCUCCCACCCAGCCGCAUUCCCCGAUUCAGUUCAGGCUGUUCCUCCCCCUCGUCAUCCCGACCCAGCGGUGCCAGCGUCCUCCAAGUCGUUCCCCGACAGUUUUGACUCUCAUCCCAGUUCACCAUUCCACCCCCACCCUCCCUCGCCAGUUGUGCCCAGUAGCUCCACCUCACUGCAGGCCUACGCCAAGGACAAGCUGAGCGAUCAGAUGGUGAAGCUGUUUGAGGCUUGCCAGCAGCAGACUUCAGAUUUGGAACGAAAAGAGUUAUGCCGAUUUCAGCUGCAGGAAGACAUACGGCGGGUCUUUGCAGUGGCAACGCUUUACCUGACUGGAUCUUCUAUGAAUGGGUUGGGCUGCCGCAGCAGCGAUGCUGAUCUGUGUCUGGUCAUCAAGGGACAUAAAAGAGUCGAUGCAAUUCAUGUCCUCUCUCAACUCCAACAGCUGUUCAGAUCACUCUCCUAUGUAGAGAAGACCCAGCUGAUCAGAGCGAAAGUGCCCAUCCUCAGGUUCAGAAAGAAAGGCAGUGAUUUGGAGUUUGAUCUGAAUGUGAACAACACCGUGGGCAUUAGAAACACAUUCCUACUGAGGAGCUACGCCAACGCUGAUCUGAGGAUAAGACCCCUGAUCCUUGUGAUCAAGAAAUGGGCACGACACAAUCAGAUCAAUGACGCCAGCAAAGGCACAUUAAGCAGUUACACACUGGUGCUGAUGGUCCUACACUACCUCCAGACUUUAAAGGACCCCGUGCUUCCUUCUCUACAGAAGGAUUUCCCAGACUGCUUUGACCCCUAUUUGGACUUGGACGAGGUGCCCGAUCGAGCCACGCGCGUCCCUCCCUACUUAUCGAAAAACCAGUCGUCUCUGGGAGAGCUGCUGUUGGGCUUCCUCAAAUACUAUGCCACGGAGUUCAGGUGGGAGAAACAGGUGAUCUCUGUUCGUGAAGCCAGAAGUUUGCCAAAGGCAGACUUUCAGGAGUGGAGACACAAAUACAUAUGCAUCGAAGAGCCAUUUGAGAGAAAUAACGUGGCCCGGGCCGUCCACGAGCAGGUCAAGUUUGACGCCAUUAACGAUCAGUUUUUUGAGUCCUGGCGGAUACUGCAGCGCAGUAAGGACCUGAACUCCAUCCUCCCAGUCCGAAUGACCAUUAACAAGGAGUCGUUCCACAGAUGAGGGAAUCCUCCGAUCAGAUGAGCUUCAUGGCGUCUCCUACCUCAUGACUGGCCGGUCCGCGCAGAGGGUGUCGGACCCGUGUGUUGUGUUGGGAAAUAGUCGUACUUGUCUGUGCAACUUCGCAGGCAGAUAAGAUCUGGGACUGAAAGCUUUGGUUAUUUUACAAUGAGGCAGAAGCUGUUUCCUGGGGCAAUACUAAUGACGGUGUUGCACUCACUAGGGCCAAAAUGUUCACUCAAGGGCUUCGUUCUCUCUGCCGAAUUCACGCAACUGAUGAUACUCCGGUAUCCAAUAAAGGAGAAGACCUAAAAAAAAAAAAAAAAAAAAAAACAGAGUGGUGAAAGAGCGAUUGCUCUGAAGCAGGAGGACAGUG